CCACCUUAAGAAGCCCCCAGGCUCCUGUUUUCGUGGUGGCAAAUGGGGGAUCACACGACUCCCCCUGGAAGGACGAGACCGAGAAUCCACUGAACAAAGGACACCCCUUUUGGCCCUGGACGCACCCGCCUUUUCUCCCUGUCUGGUCCCUCUUGCUGCUGCUUUUCUGGCAUUCCGAGAUGCUCCUAGCCCUCACAUUCUUCCUGCAAGCCUUUUCCCAAGCCCUGGCUGGAAGUGGUGGUUCCCACUGGACAUAUGAAGGGCCGCACGGGCAGGAGCACUGGCCGGACUCUUAUCCGGACUGCGGGAGGCAAGCUCAGUCCCCCAUCGACAUACAGACGGGCUCCGUCCAGUAUGACCCAUCCCUGCUUCCCGUGGAGCCGGAGGGGUACCGGGACCCCAGUGGCAGCACUUUCACCUUGACCAACAACGGGCACACAGUGCAGCUGUCGCUCCCGCAGAGCCUGCGCUUGCAUGGCCUCCCCUCGAAAUACUCGGCCGUGCAGCUGCACCUCCACUGGGGCGGCAAGGGACACCCCAAGGGGUCGGAGCACCAGGUCGACGGCCGGGCCUUUCCUGCCGAGCUCCACGUUGUUCAUUUCAACUCCGACAAGUACGCAAACGUGAGCGAGGCCAAAGACAAGCCCGACGGACUGGCAGUGCUGGGCGUCUUUCUGGAGGUUGGCUCCGCGGAGAACCCGGCCUACAACCACAUCUUGGACCACCUGGAGGACAUCCAAUAUACAGAACAGGAAACACCUGUCGCAGCCUUUGAUGUGCGUGGCCUGCUUCCGGCGCAUUUGGGCCACUACUUCCGCUACAAUGGCUCGCUGACCACCCCGCCCUGCCACCAGAGCGUGCUGUGGACCGUCUUCCACCAGCCGGCCCGGCUCUCGGCUGCCCAGCUGGAGAAGCUGCACAAAUCCGUUUACGCCACGGAGGAAGAGACGAGCCCCGCAGUGCUUCUUCUGGACAACUUCCGGGCCCCGCAGCCCCUGAACCAGCGCACGGUGUUGGCCUCCUUCCCUGCCGGGCCUUCGGGAUAUUCUGCAGGUGAGAUCGCUGCCAUCAUAUUUGGGGUGCUCUUGGGUUGCCUGAGCAUCUUCCUCGCCGGAUGGAUUGUGGCGAAGCGAAUACGGUGAGGUGCAGGCAGACACGGAAGGCCAAGCCGUUCUCUUCUACCUGCAGGAGAGAGAAACGGAUGCAAGAGCAGAAGGGGGUUGUGUUUACAGCUUCCUCCCGGCGAGCCAUUGCAGAUUAAGAGGCCUGCUUGCC